AUGGACCCUCUUACGUGGUUAUCCUUGGGGCUGCAGCUGGCGGCAUUAUGUUCGAUAGUGGGCGCGUUAUUACUGUACCUUCUGCGUAAGGUCAGAGUCGCUGAAGUAUCGCCUGUUGAUAGUGCGAAGACUGUUCUUGUGACUUCCGUUGACUCCGCUCUUGGACUACAGAUAGCAACCUACUUAAGCGGUAAGGGAUGGCGAGUGAUCGCUGGUUGUCGACAAGGAGGUCUGGGGGCGCGUCUGGCUGAGUCCUGGCUGCAAGCCCACGUGGCUGACACUCCGGAGGACCAGCCCCCACCGAGACUAGCUACUUUGGAACUGGAUGUGGCGAGAGAAGAUUUAUUAGAAGAAGCGGCGAGAACGACAGCUCAGCAUUUACCGGCUGGAGAACAUGGUGUGUGGGCAGUAAUAAACACGGCGGGCAGCAGUGGGCGUGGCGGGGCAGCGUGCUGGGAGAGCGCUCUGCGCAGCAACGUGCUUGGCGCCUUGCGUGUAGCGCGUUCGUUCUCUCCCUUGCUGGCUGCGGCUGCGUCUGAUCAUCCUUAUGCUGGACGACUGUUUUAUAUCGGAUUGACAUCAGACACCGCAUGCGAAAGCUUAUCCCGGGUAGACAGUGACUUGAAUGAAGGCAGUGCAGGCGCGGCAGCAGUGAGAUGGGGGACCUGGGGUGCUGCUAGAGCGUUAAGAACGUCCCUCCGCGCGCGUAGGCUUCACGUUGUACUGUUGCAUGCUCCUGAUUUGUCUGCUGCCGAGAUAUUUGCACCGCCUGUGCAGCUUACACCGAUUAGCCAACCUGGAAGUCGACCAGAAACCCCAAGUUCAGAGGUGAGCUCGUCCACAGCAACUUGCGCCGUCACCAUGCCCGGAGAAGCCGCAGAAUACAGCGCUAAGGUUCUUCCGACAAGCGCCUUAAAAGUCUUAGAGGAAGCCCUCACAUCACCAUCACCGAGAGAUUCUUACUACUUGAAAAUAAAACAGGACUCUUGGUUUACUAGAAUGCCUUCUUUAAGAGUUGCGCAU